AUGAUGGGGGAAGUCGGCGGCCACUUGAAUCUUCGAGAGGAGAUCGGGCAAGGCGUCGCAGAUGUCGGUGAAGCUAUCAGUGCUUCCCUGCGCCCUCUGCCUACUGCGUCGGGAGAUGGCACAUAUCUUCCAAAGGUAGCAAAGACCGGUGUAUUAGAUGACCUUGCACACAUGAAGCUCGGGGAUGCUGGCACACUGGCGGAAAUGGCCAAAAUAGCCGCCACAGGCGAGCUGAUCGACGAUAAGCGUUAUAUCAUGGAAAGGGUUAUCCAACUCGCAUCAUCCCUCCCCAGUACGUCCAGAAAUGGGAUGGCACUGACAGGAGACCUCCUAGCUCAGCUGUGGAACGAUUUGCAGCACCCACCUAUCUCGCAACUUGGCUCUGAGUAUAUGUAUCGAACUGCAGAUGGUUCUAAUAACAACAUAUGGCGCCCGGAUGUCGGUGCCGCUGGGAUGAGAUACGCAAGGUCGGUGCAACCUAGAUCAAUUCAACCAAUCAACCUUCCUGACCCAGGGGUCCUCUUUGACUCCCUCAUGGCUCGAGAGAGAUUUGAACCGCAUCCAAGUCAAAUCUCGAGUAUGCUGUUCUAUCUCGCCACGAUUAUUGUUCACGAUCUAUUCAAGACGGACUCAAAAGACCACACAAUUUCAAAUACGUCGUCUUACCUUGACCUCUCACCCUUGUACGGAACAAACCAAGAAGAGCAAGAUAGUAUACGAACAUUCAAAGAUGGAAAACUGAAGCCCGAUAGCUUCACCGAGAGACGUGUCCAUGGCCUCCCUCCUGGAAGUGGACUCCUGCUCGUGAUGUUUAAUCGAUUCCAUAACCAUGUGGUUCAAAACCUGGCUAGCAUCAACGAAGGCGGUAGAUUUUCCAAACCACGGAAGGGGAAUGAGGCAGAGUAUGCAAAAUAUGACAAUGAUCUUUUCCAGACCGGUCGUCUCAUUACCUGUGGAUUGUAUAUUAAUUGCAUUCUCAAGGACUACGUGCGAACUAUCCUAAACAUCAACCGCAUUGAUAGUGACUGGAGCCUAGACCCUCGAUCAGAGCAUGCGAAACCCUUCCUGGGUACAACUGUUGCCUCUGCGACCGGAAAUCAAAUUUCGGCAGAAUUUAAUCUCAUCUAUAGAUGGCAUUCUUGCCUUUCAGAGCGUGACGCAGAGUGGACUGAAAAUAUGUUCAAGAGGCUAUUCCCUGGCAGAGACCCGGAAAAAAUCCCGAUGGAAGAAUUUCUUCGGGUUUUGGCAGCGUGGAGCGCCACCCUUCCAGCAGACCCUCAAGAUCGUGGCCUAGGAGGUCUUAAGCGUGGCCCAGAUGGGUUAUUCGACGACGACGAACUUGUCCAGAUGCUGACCGAGCGAAUUGAAGAUUGUGCCGGAGCAUUUGGCGCAAAGGGGGUUCCAAGAAUUCUGAAACAAGUCGAAAUACUGGGUAUAAUACAGGCUAGAUCAUGGAACUUAUCCUCUCUCAACGAGUUUAGGAAGCAUUUCCACCUGAAGCCCCAUGAGACGUUUGACGACAUCAACUCUGACCCAUACAUUGCUGACCAACUAAGACACCUCUACGACCACCCUGAUAAUGUCGAACUUUACCCUGGCGUGGUAGUCGAGCAGACGAAAGAAGUGGUCGUCCCUGGGAGUGGUCUUUGCACAAAUUUCACCAUCUCUCGUGCCAUCCUAUCUGAUGCAGUCGCGUUGGUUCGAGGAGACCGAUUCUAUACGGUCGACUAUACCCCAAGAUCCCUCACCAACUGGGGACUAAACGAAUGCAACUAUGACGUCAACGUUAACAAGGGACAAGUCUUUUACAAACUCAUUCUCCGCGCUUUUCCUCGUCAUUUUAAAACCAACUCCGUCUACGCCCACUUCCCCUUGGUUACCCCAGCAGAAAAUCUGAAAAUACUCUCUCACUUGGGGAUUGCACGGAAAUACUCUUGGGACAAGCCACGAGAAGUCCCUCUGCCAAUACCAAUCUCCUCUCACUCCGCCUGUCGGAAGAUCCUAGGCAACAAACACGACUUUAAAGUGACAUGGGGUGAAACGAUUGAGUUCUUGAUGAAGCGUGAUGGCCGCCCAUACGGUAGGGACUUUAUGCUUUCAGGGGACCGUCCUGCCAAUGCAGCAUCUAGGAAAUUGAUGCAUGGUGCUCUGUAUAUCGAUCGCUGGCGCGAGGAAGUCAUGACUUUCUACAAGGAAACGACGCUGAAGCUACUUCACAGCAAAGCAUACAAGCUAGCCGGCACCAUUAACCAGGUAGACAUUGUUCGUGAUGUUAUUAAUAUGGUCCAUGUCCAUUUCUGCGCCGCAGUAUUCUCUCUACCUCUGAAGACGGAGGAGAACCCGCGAGGUGUCUAUACCGAGAAAGAGCUCUACAACGUCAUGGCCCUGGUAUUUACGUCUAUUUUCUUCAACGUUGACCCGGCCAAAAGCUUCGCUCUCCUCGAUAAGUCACGAGCAGAAACACAGAAGCUCGGCCGCCUUGUGCUGACGAACGUUGAGCUUAUUAGUAGGACUGGAUUCCUGGCCCCACUGAUUGACAGGAUCGAUAGACAUGAUAAUGUCUUAGCUGACUAUGGUAUCCAUAUGAUCGAGCGGUUACUUGAUACAGGUCUCCCUCCUCAAGAUAUUGUCUGGACACAUGUUCUGCCAACUGCGGGUGGGAUGGUAGCAAACCAAGGACAACUCUUUUCUCAGUGUCUAGAUUACUACCUCUCUGACGAUGGCUCGAUGCAUCUUCCUGAGAUCCAUCGCCUGUCAAAGCUUGAUACGCCAGAGGCUGACGAUGUCCUCCUUCGAUAUGUCCUGGAAGGCGCAAGGAUGCGUUCCGUGGUGGCUCUGUACCGCGAUGUCACCAAGGAGACAAAAAUUCAAGACGGAGACAAAGUUUUGCAUUUGAGGCCUGGUCAGCGUACAAUGUGUAACUUGGUGACUGCAUCUAUGGAUCCAACGGUGUUCCCAAACCCUACCGAAGUUGACCUCACUCGAGACUUGGGAUCUUAUAUCCACUUCGGAUACGGCCCUCACAAGUGUCUCGGUUUUGAUCUAUGCAAUCUAUCCCUGACCACGAUGUUGAAGGUGAUUGACAAGCUUGAAAACCUCCGACGCACGCCAGGUCCGCAGGGCGAGCUUAAGAAGGUCUCCGUUCACGAAGGUCUGACGUUGUACAUGCCCGAAGACCAAAGUCGAUAUUUACCUUUCCCUUCCUCGAUGAAAGUGCGAUGGGACGGAGACUUGCCGCCUAUCCGAGACAGCUCAACGGCCAAGAGGUAA